CCCAACUGAUGCACUGAUGCACUGCUGCAGCAUAUAAAUCUAUUCAACGCUAGCUGGCGAAUCGGUAUUCCAUGAACAUGACUCGCAGGUUGACCAUCGUUUUGGUCGUCCUCUUUGGACUGUUGGCCCUGGCAUCGUCUGGGCCAUCACCCGUAGAUGACACCAACUCGGUCGCCAUUGAAGAAGAACUUGCCAGAGCAUUCCAGGUGGCCAGAUCCAACGAUGUAACCGACGUUGCUGGGUACAGGCAAUCGAGGAACCAGGAGCAAGAAACUUCCGAACAAACCGAAGAAGAACCGCCACGCAAGAAAAAUAAAAAAUCUAAGCGCAGGAAGUGGAGGAAGAGGUUUAAAAAUUUGUUUAGCAAAGGUGCAAAAUGGUACCUAAAGAUUAAUGAUCGCACGCGCCAAACCAAAUAAGGCCACCAAUAAUCUCUAGAUGAUUAUUCGUCGCACCGCACGAAUUUUGGAACCAAUUGAAACAUUUUUUUUAAAAUUUGCUAGUCAUUUGAUACCGAGUGAGUCUAAAUGAACUAUUGUGCUCUGUAUAGUGAAAUUGAUUGCAAUGACUAUAUUGCAUUCAUAUUGCACCGGUAAAUGUGGCAUAAACAUAAUUUGGCAAAUACAAAACCCAAUAGCAAAUCA